AUGGACUUUUGGUCUCGUUUGAUUGGCGGUUCUCGUGCGGUGUCCAAACCAUCGCGGGCCACGUCGCCUACGGAGCGUUUGACAGCAUUUAAACGCUCCUGCAACGCCCUUCAGCAAAUAUGGCGCGCCACCAACACCCCUUCCGCCGAGCAAUCCACUACCCAUGCGCGAACGUAUCUGGACCGACUCAACGCCAUCCUAAGCGAUGAGUCUCGUGGUCCAGCACCGCACCCUUGCGUGGCAUAUGCGGCAUCCUCACAGAUUUUCGUGACCGUGACAAAAUUGGCCCUAUCAUACUACGACGAAGUGGUUCUACGCUCCGCGACCGUCUUCUUCAACACCCUCAUCGACGCAGAAGUGGACGGAGUCGUCGACAAUCGUCUCUUUGCACGUGCACUGGUCGAUCUCGUCCGCCGGGCAGACAAGGCAUCUACCGAGGUGGAGGGUCGCCUGGUAGAGUUGUUGUUCGGAGUUGCUAACAAUAUCCGUCUGCAGCCUGCCAUUCUGCCGGCGUGGUUUGUGCCGCGUACGACAGCGAGCCACGAAAGUGACUCAGCUGCUUCUGUUGGCACUGAAUUUGCGGGUGCUACGCGUAAAGAUGAGUUUCCACUGUUCUACUUGCUCGUGGAGUAUGUCCACCACGAGGGGCGAGCAGGAGACUUUGCGCGAACGGGUUUGCUUUACUUGAUCGAGACGGCGUCACGAUCGAAGCAUUUAGAGAAAUGGCUCAUCGAAAGUGACCUGGCCACGCUCAUGGCCACGGGCUUGGGCGCCCUGUACAGUCAGUUGGGCGGGCUGAUACUUACCUCGGUCGAUGACGACGUCCCUCGAAUCAUUGCUCUUUCGGACCACUCCAAAGAGGAGACCGCGUUGCAUCCGACCUUGAGUGAUGCAAUGGAUGCUUUCAUGUCAUAUCUCCUCUUCUGGCAGGAUACUAUUGAUCACUGUAAAUCCGCCGAGGUCAACGACACUCUCCUGGAUCAUUUUCAGGUGCUCUUCCUCGAGCAACUCCUGUAUCCUUCAUUACUCGAGUCAUCAGACGUAGCCGGUGGCUCCACGGCCGCUGUCAUGACAUAUCUUUAUCGAAUCUUGGACUCCAUUGACCAAGGCGAACUAGUUCAUCGCAUUCUGGAUUUCCUCCUUGCAUCAUCACCGCCUGUGGAGGAUCAAAUGUCCAUGUCUGCCAGUCGCCGCAAAUCCCUCGAUGUACUUGCUGCCUUAGCCUCAGAGGCCGCUCAGCCUUCCCCCUCCUUGUUCAAUCUCCGUGAUCUGGCCCUCUUGGGAUUACAAUCUUCUAAUCGACAGACUGUGCUGGCCACUCUGCGCUUACUGAAUGUAGUCCUUCAGCGUCAUCACCAUUUCGCCCGCGCGCUGAUCCUCACUCUGCCGAACCAGCCUGUUCAGCAGCGCAGCGUGGGCGCCUUGAACGCCGAAUUGGAGUACCUGUUUGAUCUCGCAACAAGCCUUGUUGUCGAGCCUAAUCUUGAUCAAACGUACGAAAACUACGUUGCCGAUGCGACGUGGGUGCUUGAGUCUCGACUUUGUCUACCAGUGUCCCUUGAAGAAGCUGACGACGAAGUCCCUCUACCGCGGCCAUUGCAACAAGAUGAUCCGAUCAUUCAGGAGCUCCUCGGCCACGUUCAGAACUUCUUCACCAACAGCAUCGUCGUAAAUCUGUCGCUGACAGGGGUACUGAUGAGUCUAGCGUCGUCUCAUCUCUUUUCCUUGGACGGCUGGGUCCUUGUCGAUCCGGCUCGAUUCGAGAAAUCUACAGAGUCAGGCCUUGAAAAGGACACAUUUGAAGGAGUCCAAGCAGCGUACGAACCACCCACAUGGCCCGCUAGUGCUGCGCCUACUCUGACUCGGGCUCUUGGGGGGCUCGUCAGCCAGGUGCGUCAGUGGCAAAGAGACGUGCCCGACUUCGAUGUCCUGGUGGCAGCGAGGCGGGAGCUUCUGCAGCAAGAGGAUCGUCCAGCAGGGCCGACCUCAAGCUCAUCGCGGGAACCAUCUCAAGCUCCAGCCUCCGUCGGCAGGGAUCGCUCUCGCCCUUCCUACCCCGGGUCCCCCGAUAUCUCGACCCCUGCCUCUCGCGGCCGCUCCCCAUCUUCCAUCCAGUCUCGUCCGAUGGACCCGUCGCGUAUACGAGCGGAAUCCAAUAUUCGGCCCCUGGACUCUCGGGGAACAUCUUCAUCUCGGUCCGCCGCCAUGGAUUCCCUCCGUCAGCGACUCGCCAUGCCUUUCCCUGUUCACACAUCAUCGAAGCCGAGCACGAGAUCUGCAGGAGCCACGGCGGUAUCUGCCGAGGGUGAACAGAAAGAAGAUGUGGGUGAAGUGGAGCAGGAGGAUGAGGGUAUUUCGGAGGAUCCCAGGCCGGUGGCUACGUUGGGUCAUGUCCUCACGAACGUAGUGGUUCUUUAUGAGUUUUUGCUCGAGCUCUCUGCAGUGGUACAAACGCGGGGAAGUUUGUUUGAAGAGGCGGGCUAUCCGUCUUGGUGA